UGCUGCCGGCAGUCAGUAUAGUGCUCGGACUUGAACCGUGUGGUCGGUGAGUGAGCGAGAAAUCGAGGAAGAGAAAGAGAGAGGACGAGCGCCGUGUGAGAGGCCGGCGAGUUCCCCGUGAAACGCCAUCAACAAGUGUUCGCGUCGAAAAAGUUCCUGGUUAUGGACCGACAAUGAGGACCGUCGUCUUCUGUGUAGCCGCCCUGCUGGCCGCGGCCGUGCACGCCGGACCAACCUCAGGUGAGGACCAAUUCCGAGUGGCUGCUUUCGAAGGAGAUCUUGCAGAUCGAUUCGGCGGCGGUGGCACUGGCGGAGUUUGGCAGCAUGCUUCGAAACUGCGACACUCGAGGCACUUGAGCGGCCGGAGCGGAAAUCACGGGCCCAACCCGCAGCAGGAUGACUACUUGAGCUUCAACAAGAUCCCGAUACAGGCGGCCAGGGAGAAGACGGACAACAACCGCAAGCCGGUCUUCUCCAGCUGCAGCAAGUACAACCCAACCUUGGAGGAGGAGGAGGACCGCGGUACUAAGCUGCUCACCGUGCAGGCCCAGGACCGCGACCCCAAUGACACCAUCACCUACACGUUCAUCGUGGCGCCAGGCGAGCGCCAGAAGUUUGAAAUCAACAACAGAACCGGCGAAAUCUCCACCUUGCUGGUUUUCGACCGAGACGAGCCGACCCGUGAGAAGGAGGCGUUCAUCACCGUCCGCGCCACCGACAACGGCAAGCCUCCGCUGGACGACGUCUGCGUCAUCAAAGUGACCAUCAAGGACAUCAAUGACAACAAACCAAUCUUUGACAAGGGGGUGUUUCGAGGAUCAUAUUGGAAGGCGUAUCGCGAGUCUGUUCCUCAAGACAAGCAGCCAGGCACGGAAGUGAUGCGAAUUUCGGCGACCGACAUCGACGACGGUAAAAACUCGAUCGUCGAAUACGACCUUCAGCCGAUGGACGAGAGAGAACGCGGCUACUUCCGCGUCGACCGCAACACCGGCGUCAUCACGCUCAACAGGACCAUCGACAUCAAGGCUCCCUACACGUUCCGCCUGAACGCAACAGCUACCGACCAAGGCACUCCGUCACAGAGCUCCUCCACAGAGCUGGAGAUUCUAGUCGUCGACUCUGACAAACAGCCGCCCGCAUACAUUGAUAUUCCAAGCACUGCGAUACAGCUUCUCGAGAACUUCACAGACUACAAACACCCGAUCGCCACCUUCAAAGCGAAAUCAAACAUUCCGGAGAAGGAGCUUGUAUUCACCAUUGUUCAAGGACGCACUGAGCAGACCAACAAAAUGAAUACGUUCCUUCUCGAGUCCGAAAAUGACAUGGCGUACCUCAAACUGGGCGGACAGCUCGACUACGAACGGGUCACUGACUACAUCAUCACGAUCCGCGUGCAGAACAAGUACAACCUGGCGGCCGAGACCGUGGUCAACAUCGGUAUCAAGGAUGUCAACGACAAUAUCCCCAUUUUCAAGGACGUUGCCGCCGGCACUGUGCUGGAGCAUGAGCCUCCAGGCGCGCCCGUCAUGCAGGUGCGGGCUUUUGAUGCCGACGGUACCUAUGAGUUCAACCAAGUCAAGUACGAGCUAAACGACCACAGGGACCUUUUCGAGAUUGAUGAGUACACUGGGAACAUCACGACCAAGAUCACAUUUGAUCGAGAGGAGAAGGACUCGUACGUGAUCAAGGUCAUCGCCAUGGACAACGCUGAAUCAGCUCUUCUGCUGAACGGACAACCUAACAGAGGUCAACAGUCAUUCCACAUCAUCAUUGGAGACACCAAUGACAACCCUCCCAAGUUCACGCAGAAAAACUAUCAAGCUGAGGCUCUUGAGAAUGCCAACCUGAACGCUCUGGUCACCGAAAUCAGGGCAGUUGACAAUGAUACCGCUUCUGAAGUCUACUACAGCAUUGUGGACGGAAAUCCAAACGAGCAGUUUAAGAUGGAGCCGAACACCGGCAAAAUCCGCGUCAACAAAAAUCUUGACUACGAAACCACUACUUCGUACAACCUGCGAGUGCGCGCGUUUGACGGGAUUUAUGAAGAUUUCGCAGAUGUCAUCAUCAAAAUCGAGAAUGUCAACGAUGAGCGGCCCCGAUUUCUUGAUUUCAACCGCAACGCCACCAUUCCUGAAGAGGAGCUGCGCGAAGGCUGCAUCGUCAAAGUGGAGGCCUACGACCCUGACCUGUCGAAAGAUGUAGAUCAGCACAUCAAGUACUACAUUGUCAAGCCGGAGCUGGAGGAGUUCAUGAGGAUUGACGACACGGGAUGUCUGACUCUGAUCAAACCACUGGAUCGCGACCCUCCAAAUGGCUACGAAAAGUGGCAGAUCUACAUUAACGCCAAGGAUGAGGAUGGCGGUCCCAACAGCUUGCACGCACCCACUGAAAUCACCAUCAUCCUCACUGACAUCAAUGACAAUGCACCAUACCUUGACAUGCCUGAGCCAGUGGUUUGGCCUGAAAACAGGGAUCCAGGAGUGAUCACCACACUGCAUGCCAACGACAAUGACGGUGAUAAUAACGGUCCUCCUUUCCAUUUUGAACUGGAUAACUUUGCGCCUGAAGUUAUCCAAAAGGGAUUCCGCAUCACUGAUGAUGGAAAGAGCAAUUACCAAAUCGAGGCUAUCAGGCGAUUUGACCGAGAACAGCAAAAGACCUAUUUAGUGCCUAUUGUGAUCUCUGACAUUGGAACCCCGCAGAUGUCAGGUACCAGCACGCUUACUGUUGUCAUUGGAGAUGAGAACGACAAUGAAAUGAAGCCAGGUCAUAGCGAAAUUUUCGUCUACAACUACAAGGGCUUAAGCAGCUCUGUGAUUGGUCGCGUGUUUGUGGAAGACGAAGAUGACUGGGACUUGCCUGACAAGACAUUUGGCUGGAAAAGUAGCGAGCACCGUGACAAGUUCCAGCUGGAUGAAGAAACUGGAGACAUCAGUGUCAUGUACAAUCCCAUUUAUGAAGAUGUGCUAGAAGGCACCUUUGACCUGGAGUUCUCCGUUUGGGAAAGUUCCAGGCUAUUUGAUCGUCACACUGUUGACGCGUCAGUCAGGGUAGUGAUCAAGAAAAUUCCUGAGAUCGCUAUUGACCGAUCAGGAUCGAUCCGUUUUGCAAACAUUACUGCUGAAGAGUUCAUAGCGCUCUCAAAGAGGGAAGAGCUGCAGAAGUACAUUGGCAAGCUGUUCAACAUCAGCACCGACAACGUGGACGUUUUCACUGCCUUCACCACAAAGACCGGCGAAUUUUUGGACGUUCGCUUCUCGGCGCAUGGAUCGCCUUACUACAUGCCUGAAAAGAUCAACGGAAAACUUGCUGAACAUCAAUCUGAACUUGAAGAUUUGAUCGGAGGCAAGGUGUACAUGGUGAACAUUGAUGAAUGUCUGAUAGAGAAAGCCAGCUGCGAGUCGAGUUGCAUGAACGUGUUGAUCAAACACGAGCGGCCGCAAACCGUGAGGACAAACAGAACCAGCUUUGUUGGCGUCCACGCAGAGAUCCAGACUGAAUGCGAUUGUUCUACCCCUCCUGCCGAAAACAUUUGCUACAAUGGCGGCACCAUGGUGGGCAAAACCUGCAACUGCCCUGAAGGCUACAACAGCGGCCCCCGAUGCGAAGUUAUUGACGUCGGCUUCAGCGGUGAUGGAUACGCCUGGUACGAAACGCUGUCCGCUUGUGAAUCUGGCCGCAUCAACCUGCAACUGGAGACCGGCACAGAUAACGGACUCAUCUUCUACGUUGGGCCACUUUCCUACACUGGCAGUCCGCUCAAGGUCAAGGAUUUCAUGUCGCUGGAGGUCUCAAAUGGUUUCGCCAAGCUACUUGUGGACUACGGCACAGGCACCUCACUGCUCGAACAAAAGGAAGUGAACAUUGGUGAUGGCCGCAAGCACGACGUGGAAAUCAAGUGGAACUCAAAGAACAUAGAGCUGAUCGUAGAUAGCUGCACAAUGAGAACAUGUAUGAGCUUGGCAGCGCCGGUCGGAACGCACGAAUUCCUCAAUGUCAACGGACCAGUCCAAGUGGGAGGCACUUCCAAGAACCUGGGUGCCUUAGGUUCCCAGCUAGGCUGGACCUACGUGCCAACUAGCAAAGGCUUUGUAGGUUGCAUCUCAAACUUCACCUUCAAUGACCACGUUUACAACCUAGGAGAGCCCAGCUACUCAGUGAGCGCCUCGCCUGGGUGCAGCAGAAUUCUCACUCAGGCUGUCACUUUUGGCAUUGACACCAAUUUCCUGGUUGCUCUACUCGUUUGCAUCGCAGUGCUUCUAAUCCUCAUUUUGGCCGUGGUCGUGCACAAGAGAAAGAGCGAUGACAUGUACAAGGACCAUGAUGACAUCAGAGAAAACAUCAUCAACUACGAAGAUGAGGGUGGCGGCGAGGGAGACAUGACUGGCUACGACCUCAACGUCCUUAGACUGCAGCAUUACGACGGUGACUUCAAGAAGCCUCAUGACUUGCUUGGCUCUAGACCACAUGACGAGGUGCCAGAUAUAUGCGGCUUCCUCGAUGGCAAGAAGCGACAGGUGGAUGAGGAAAACACUGACGAGCCCGUGGACAACUUGCGGCACUAUGCGUACGAGGGCGACGGAAACUCGACCGGCUCUUUGUCCUCGCUGGCGUCGGGUACAGAUGACGGUGACCUCAACUUCGAGUAUCUGUCCGACUUUGGGCCGCGCUUCCGCAAACUGGCCGAUAUGUACGGAGAGCACUCGAGCGACGAGAGCGAAGGCAACUACGAGGUGCCUGGCUCCGAGAGCUGGUGCUGAACAAGGCUGAUCUCAAAAGACUGCAACCAGAGUGUGUUGUCUGUGAUGGGACGGACGCAGCGGCGAGCGUCCUUGCCCUAGCUGGACGCUCGCACUCCACGUGCCACAUCAUUUUUUCCUUAGUUUACGCGCGAACAGACAAUAAGAGAAAUAAUUCAAAGAAGCCACAUCGACUUGCGCCAGGGCAUCCUUUUUGUCCGCUGGUGUCCGACAUUGACAUACGCUAGAGACCUGGGUUAAGUGCAACAACGGCGAACUUAUUCUAGCAAUGGCAGAAUCAGAUUCCAUCGGACAAUUGACAAUUUCCGUGAAUGAGGGCCUACACAACUCUCCAAUCUGUGCUUUUUGUGGACAAUUAAUUAAUUGUGUUUGGGCAGCUAUGUCCAAUCAGGGUUUCGUUUCCAAUGAUCGCCCUGGCUGACCUGUUUAAAUUCCUUACUAUGAUGGUCUCACUUAAGGUUGAGAAAUUAGAGCGAGAGCUGAGUGCGUCAACAGUGUAAAAGCUUUCAUUUUUUCGGCGAGAAAAGUGCGCAAGGAGAAACUUUGUGUGACAAGCACAAAGAAUGGGGCUUUCUCCCUUUUCUAUAUGCAUCAAAAUACACUUUUUGGUGAUUAAAGCAGCGGUGUGGAUUGAACAGUAAUUUUGACGCAGUAAAAAUUUGUGCUUCUUUCAAAUGGUUUUAAUUGCGUAACUUAAUACGAGAAGACCAAUUUUUUAGUUUCUUUAGACUCCCGAAGACGAGAGUGCAAUUUAUUUUAAGAAUUUUAAACGAACAUAGCUACUAAGUAAUUUAAUUAUUGAAGGACUUUGAGGGGAGCAAGAGAGAAUAGAAAGGUGAAUGUUUGAUGAAUUUUCCAACAAUGUACUUUCAUGUGAGACUCAAGUGUAUCUGGAAACUGUUUAGAGUUUGGUCCCUCGAUGUUGAUAUUUUCUGAAGUUAUCACCUUAAAUGAGUAUUUUGAGGAUAAAGCAACUGAAAAUCGAAUGUCCACGACUUUUGUGAGGCUCCCAGCAAGAGCAUAUCACAACGAGACAAGCACUUUGAAAGUCCACUGCCAAUAAUCAAACACAUUCCCUGCUGGGAGCCGUGUCGCAAAAUAAUGUUAAAAUGUAUGAAGAAAGUUUGUCCGAAUUUAAAAGAUUUAAAAGAAUGCGUAAACAUAAAACUUUAAAAUAACUUUUUGAUACCAUUGAUGUAUUCCGUUGUGAAAGAAAUGUCGGAAGAAAUGAUGAAAUAAAAGAAAUUCUUUCAAUUA